AAGUGUCAAGUGUGCAUAUAAUAACAUAGAAAAAAUAACAAUUUCUUAAUUUAUAUUACAAGUGUCAAGUGUGCAUAUAAUAAAUAGGACCAAUCAUAAUCCUUUACAGCUAAAACUUGAAUCAAGUUAUAUUAUCAUCACGAGUCUUUUGACCCAAGAAAAAACUUCUCUGAGUUUCGGCCCAUGGAACUUUCGCAGUCGGACCCAACCCGAGAUCCUGAUACCCGGUACGAUCAACGUUGCUGUUGUUUCCCCAGCUUCCGCCGAUCAAGAAGCUCCACCGCCGUUGGUUACUCCUCCUGGGGACGAAUUCGAACCGUCGAUGACAGUAAUCACAGCGGCGACCACGGCGACGAGCCACGUUGGUGGAUCCGAGCAUCCUUGAAGAUCCGAGAGUGGUCAGAAAUCGUUGCUGGUCCACGGUGGAAGACUUUCAUUCGUCGAUUCAAUCGCGAUCCACGACGCGGCCGCGAUUGGGACGCAAGCGAGAAGUUUCAAUACGAUCCUUUGAGUUACUCUUUGAACUUCGAUGACGACGACGAGGAGGAUGAAUACGUCGGACUAGGUGGAUUACGAAGCUUCUCGACCCGAUUCGCUUCUGUCCCGGUUUACUCAGGUAAAGCUCCGGCGAUUUCGCCGACGUCGUUGUCUGCGUUGACGCCGCGUAAUGAGAUCAUUGAAAGUUAGUGGGCGCGUGUGAGAAACGCGUUUGCGUUUCUGGCGGCGGGGAAAAGGCUGUCAAAAUGGUUGACUGGUUUGGUUUACAUCGUUUUUGGAGUCUGUCGCGUUUUCUUAUUUAAUCAUUCUGUUUAUAUAAUCAACUUUGAAUUAAUUUUAUUAUUUUCCCAGUUUAAUUAAUUUAUUUAUCAACCAAAUUUUAUGUUUCUUGAAAGAGAAGCAAUAUUUUGUUUCUUUUUUGAGGGGAUAUUGAACUUGUUGUGGCUAAUAUAAUAUAAUUUUAUGUAAAUUAGCUGUUUAGCAUAUGUGGAAGUAAUGAUUUAGUU